CGGAACUCCGCCCCCCGCGGAAGGCGGGACUCGCGAGGUGAGGGGUCAGUAAAUAUUGGUGACGUCACGCCGCCAAGAUGGCGGAAGGGGAGGACGCGGGCUGGUGGCGGAGCUGGCUGCAGCAGAGCUACCAGGCCGUCAAGGAGAAGUCCACAGAAGCUUUAGAAUUCAUGAAGCGGGACCUGGCUGAGUUCACUCAAGUUGUGCAGCAUGACACAGCCUGCACGAUCGCUGCUACCGCCAGCGUGGUCAAGGACAAACUGGCAAGGACAGAAGCUUCUGGUGCGACUGAAAAAGUGAGGAAGGGGAUCUCUGACUUCCUGGGUGUCAUCUCGGACACAUUUGCUCCCUCACCAGACAAGACCAUUGACUGCGAUGUCAUAACGUUGAUGGCAACACCCACAGGUACCACAGAGCCCUAUGACAGUGCAAAGGCUCGCCUCUACAGCCUGCAGUCAGACCCAGCCACCUACUGCAAUGAACCUGACGGCCCUGCUGAGCUUCUUGAAGCCUGGCUCUCCCAGUUUAGUCUGGAAGAGAAGAAAGUGGAGAUUGCAGAGCUGCUGGCAACCAGCCCUUCCAUCCGGUCUCUCUACACUAAAAUGGUCCCUGCAGCCGUUUCCCAUUCAGAGUUCUGGCAGCGCUACUUCUAUAAAGUGCAUCGCCUGGAGCAGGAUGAAGUCCGGAGGGAGGCUCUGAAGCAGCGUGCGGAGCAGAGCAUUCACCAAGAGGAGCCAGGCUGGGAAGAGGAUGAAGAGGAGUUCUUGGGGAUGUCACCCCUGCCUUGUGCAAACGUGAAAUUUCUGCAAGCAACAGAGAAAGCAUCUGCUCCUGCAGCCCCGGAGGGAAGCCACCCCUCUGUUCACAAGGGACCCUCGGAGGAAAGCUGGGCCAUCCUCCCUCCUGAGCUGGCCCCAGCAGAGGGGAGCCCCUCUGAGAGCAGUGAGAGCGUCUCCCUUGUGACUCAGAUUGCAAACCCUGCCUCUGUGCCUGCUGUGCAGCUACAGACUGGAGUGCAGCCAUCUGGGGACAGAGACCUCUCCCAGAGGCUGCUGGAGGCCACCUCGGAAGAGCAGAGCCCGCUGCCAAAGCCCCCCGAAGCCGGGCAUCCCUCUGCACCUGCCCAGGAGCCAGCAGCAUGCUCAGAGCAACCGGCUGUUACAGCACCCAAAGAGGUGGAGAGCAAAGCCCAAGGCAGGACAGAGACUCUGAAAGAGGAAGGACCAACAGAUCUACGGAUCUUUGAGCUGAACUCUGACAGUGGGAAGUCCACCCCCUCCAACAACGGCAAGAAAGGUUCCAGCACCGAUAUCAGCGAGGACUGGGAAAAGGACUUUGAUUUGGAUAUGACUGAAGAGGAGGUGCAGCUGGCGCUGUCGAAGGUGGAAGUGUCUGGGGAGCUGGAAGAUGAAGAGUGGGAAGACUGGGAAUAAAGUAACAGCUUCCAGCGUAUCACAGGCUCAUUUCCACCAUCGAAUGUGAAUUAAAUCACAGACCGGCUA